AAACGCUUAUUGUCUUGUUGGGCCCAACUGGAACUGGUAAAAGUAGAUUUGUCGAUAAAGUAAUUCAAGAUAAAAAGAAUAAAAUAGUGAUUAAAUGUGAUGAAAUUUUAAAUUCACACAAUGAAAAUGAGGUUAUCUUGAAAUUAGCGAAACAAGUAGGAUAUUUCCCUGUGUUUUCAUUAUUGAUCUCUAUGUCCAAUCUUAUCGAUGGAUUGGCAAGCGCGAUGAUCGGAAAUAAAACACUUGGUUUUUCAUCAUCCACCGAUUCUGAAAUAAAAAAGAUUCUUGAUACGUUUGCGAUCGCAUUACAUGAUAUUUCACCCGAUUCUCUAACUAAAAAACGUCAAAGGAAAUCAAAUAAAUUUGUUGAACCUCAAUUUGUAGAAUCUUAUGACCCUGCUGAUAUUCCAAUCGUGGUGAUUGAUUCGUUCAUGACUAAAGAUACAACUGAAAGGCAAGAAAUCUGGAGUCAUUUAGCCAAAGUAGCUGCCUUAUUGGUUGAUAAUGGUGUUGCACAUGUAAUAUUUGUAAGUUCUAAUGUGGGAAUUGUUAAGAGCUUGAGUAAAGCAUUUCCUAAUAAGACAUUCAACUAUUGUAAUCUCACUGAUGCUCCUAAUGAAAGAGCUGUGAAUUUGGUUAAAACGAAUGUUGAAGGUUACAAUGUUGAAGAACUAGAAGAACAUGUUAAAAUUUUAGGUGGCAGAGUAACUGAUCUUAGAUUUUUUAUAAAUAAAAUUCGUGGCGGACAAACUCCUCAAGAUGCCUUAAAUGAUUUAAUAGCAAAGGCCAAUAUUGAGAUUCGAAAAAUUGGCUUUGGUGAUGAUACAGACGAUACAAAAACAAUUCCUUGGAAAGGGAUACAAUUUUGGAAAGUAAUGAAAGAAUUGAUUCAAAAUGACUAUGUAUGCAAUUUUUCUCUAUUCAAGGAUGUAUCAUACGACGCAAUCAAAUUUUCAGCAUUCUUUAAUGGAGACGAUACAUCAAUUCGAGCUAUGGAAGAAGCAGAGUUGAUAACUAUUUUACAGCUUAGUGGUCGACCGGAUCAGAUUCAACCUGGAAAACCACUUUAUAAAGCUGCAUUUAUUCAAAUAAUAUCCGACUCCUUGUUUGCUGCCACAAUGGAAUUGCAAACUGCCCAAUUUAUGUUAUCACUUGAAACUGGCAAAAUAAAUAAAUGUGAAGAAGAAUUAGAGAAAUUAGGACACUUAUUUGUUAAACAAGAAGGAAAAUGGUUAUUAGGUGGCGGACAUGUUCCAGCCUCUGUAGAAGAGAGAGUGAAAUUUUUAUUGGCGAGGUUGCAGAAACAUCAUGUGAGUGCUGAGAAGUGGCAAACAGAAGUUGACAGACUUAAAAAAGUUGUUGCAAGUG